ACGCACUACUAGCGCAUAAGAUUUCGCUUUCCUCAUUAUCAACGAGGUGCCGUGCCCAGGUGUGGCUUGGAAAAAAGUUGACUGCAAAGGCUGGUUUCAACGUGAAAAACCCCGAAGAUGAAGGCUCGCAUCGAAGACAACGUCAUCUACUCGCCAUACCCCGACAUCAAAAUUCCACUGUGCUCUUUCUACACUCUCGCGAAACAAAAGUUGCUCACGGAUCCGGACAACAUUGCUCUGGUUAGCGAUGGCGUCAGCCUUACACGAGCUCAGUUGUUGGCUGGAAUGGAACGCUACGCUGUGGGUCUGCAGCAGUAUGGCUUGCUUCCUGGAGACCGGGUCUGCAUUCACCUCGACAACGGUGUGGAGAACUUACUAGUCAUGUAUGGCUGCAUCCUGGCCGGAGCAACUGUUGUGUUAGCCAAGACUUCACUCACUGAAAGGGAACUCCGCUACCAGGCCGAAGACGGUGACUGCACGCAUAUCAUCACAGACGAGCAAUACGCCGAGAAAGUCAAGAAAGCAGUUUCAAAUAUGAAUAUGAAGGCCCUCUUCUGCAUGGGACCUGCAGCCGGAUUCGUGGCGCUCUCUGACUUUUCGAAGUUCGACGAGAAAGGGUUCCGUGAGUGCCCCAUAGCCGACCCUUGCAACAGCGUGCUAGUGGUGUGCUACACAUCCGGAACCACGGGUAUGCCAAAGGGUGCUGAGAUAACGCACUACAACUACGUGGCCUGCUGCUACACGUCGUGGUUGCAAUUGCCAUGGGGAGAAGGAGAUGUAUUUUUCGGCGCGCUGCCGAUUACACAUCAGUCCGGAAUGCUGUUUCAAGUGGCAGCUAUGCUGGGUGGCGCGUCUUGCACUCUCUUGUCGGCGAAGCUGAACCCUCGGGAAAUCCUGGACGCUGUCGACAAGUACAAGGUAACGGCGGCAUUCUUCUUCCCGUCUCAACUGCAAGCUGUGGUGCGUGAAAUACAACGGACCGGCCGGGGAAUGCCCACAAUGCGAGCGGUCGUCGCGGGUGGGAGUGUGCUCUCGGCUUCCACAGCCGAGGCAGCGCGCAAAUCUUUCACUGGUCUCAAGCUCCUGCUCAACAUGUACGGAAUGACAGAAUCCUGCGGCGUUGUUGCAGGUCAACCGAAAACAAGCGAUGUCCGAACCAACGCUGAUGUAGGCGUUCCAGGCACUGGUGUAGAGAUAAAGGUAGUGGACGUGUACACUCGUCAAAAACAUGGCCCCCACGAGACAGGAGAGAUCUGCUUCCGCACAUUGUCUAUGGUGAGGGGCUAUUACAAGCGACCAAAGGAAACGGCCGAUCUUUUCGACGAAGAGGGCUGGUGUAAGUCAGGUGACGCAGGCUACUACGACGAGAGCGGUCGAUUGUACAUAGUCGAGCGGCUAAAACAGAUGAUCAAGUGCAUGGAUAACCAGGUCGUCCCCGCAGAGUUGGAAGAACUGCUACUUCGCCACUACGCGGACGAGAUUGAGGAGGUUUCUGUGGUUGGCGUUCCGCACUCGGACUUCGGCGAGGCACCUGCGGCUGCCAUCGUCCUUACGGAAAAAGGCAGAGAGCAGGACGUGCUGACUCUCGCCGAGAAGAUAAAGGCCACUAUUUCCACCAACCUUGCCGUUCACAAGCACUUGUAUGGUGGAGUUUACUUCGUGGACUCAUUCCCGAAGACCGAGACGGCGAAAGUCAACAGAACAGCCCUGGCACGCUCUCUUCUGAAAGUCUAGACAUGUUCCUUUAUUUGACGGUAAUAAAACGUCUAGCGUUAUGACUUUU